UCUGACAGGAGUCUGCAGAAACUUCCUGUGGAGGAGACAGUGCUGGGGCUCCUGCAGAGAGCCUGCCUGUUAUUGUUUACUGUCACAAUCAUGUAAAGUAGGUCAUUUAAAAAGCUAGCCGCUCAUUCCGUUGUAAUAAAACAACCAUCUAGCUUUAAGUGGCUUCACGGAACUACGUCUCUUCGCUGCUGUCACUGUCAGGGAUUUUCCGCGAACAACAGGCAGGAGACGGACUGAUGCUGUUCUGUCAGCAUCUGGACUGAUCCUGAAGUGUCUCAGUUGCUGCCAUGUCCAGGAGAAGCAGGAACAGUAGUGCAUGGCGAUAUGUUUGGGGUGGGAUACGACGAGAUGCUGAUGCCCGGGCACUUGAAGAAUGGAGCUAUGACCGCCUAGACUACAGUGAUUCAGACUCUGAGGCAGACUUCUCAGCAGUGAUGGUGCCUCCCGUCCCCAGCGCAGUGCCUGUCACCGGAGAGUCCUUCUGUGGCUGCGACUCCCAGGCAGAGACCAACUACAACCCUCGUCUGCGAGGCUUCCACCAGGUUAAAGACUGCCACUGUGGAGAGGAGGACCAGGAGUUUGACUGGUUCUGGGAUGCCAGCAGCAGAUCUACAGCAACAUUGCUGAGCUGCGACAACCGCAAAGUGAACUUCCACUCUGAAUACAGCUGUGGCACGGCAGCCAUCCGCGGCUCCAAAGAGCUGGCAGAGGGGCAGCACUUCUGGGAGAUCAAAAUGACGUCCCCAGUGUACGGAACAGACAUGAUGGUUGGCAUCGGUACUUCUGAUGUCAAUCUAGACCAAUUCAGACACACGUUCUGCAGCCUGCUGGGAAAAGACACAGACAGCUGGGGUCUUUCUUACACAGGCUUGUUGCAUCACAAAGGAGACAAGACGAACUUCUCCUCCCGGUUCGGACAGGGGUCCAUCAUUGGAGUCCAUCUGGACACGUGGCACGGCACACUCACUUUCUUCAAAAACCGCAAGUGUAUAGGUGUUGCUGCCACGGAGCUACAUAACAAGAGGUUUUAUCCCAUGGCGUGCUCCACGGCAGCGAAGAGCAGCAUGAAGGUGAUCAGAUCGUGCUCCGCCCCCACCUCCCUGCUCUACCUCUGCUGCGCCCGCCUGCGCCAGCUGCUGCCGGACUGCAUCGACACCCUGGACGUGUUGCCGCUGCCCCCGGGCCUUCGUCAGCUGCUGCACAACAAACUGGGCUGGGUGCUCAGUCUCAAUAACGGCAGCACAGAAGAAACCCCCGAUGGGCCAGAGCCUGCGUUGCCCGACCCCCCGCUGCCCGGACCGCUGUCCUCUGAGAGUGACUCGGAGGAGGGCUGUACGUCCGACCUGGAAGCCUGUCAGAGGAAGAGAUGCCGCUGGACAUGAUGGACGGCUCGACUCCUACCUCUCCUUAAACACUGGCUGAGUGUUUCCUGCCCGCCUCCAGCUUUCCUCGACCUCUGAAGAAAAGGAUCGGAGCGGUACGUAGGUGGAAAGCUGUGACGGCGGUAUCUCUGCCCGUACGAUCUUACUGUGAUCUUCCUUCACGCCGUUCAGAUGUCUCCAUGCUCGUUAUUAUCCAAACCAGCUUCAGUAAUACGUGAAAAGGUGUGGUGUUAUUUCGUUAGCUAGCAUACGUUGUUGCCGUUCAUGUAUGAGGAGUGCAGGAACCGACUGUACAGUGUAACACUGAAGUCAAGUAUGGCCACAUUUCGGUGGUCAUCAUGGUAUGUUUGCACACAAAAAGAGGGUUUAAAAAAAGAUAAUGUAUAUUUUCACAUGUAUGCAAUUUAUGUGUGUUGUUCUCAAUGCUACCAAUGCAUUAUCCAAGUCAUCUGUUACAUGUUUUACUGGCAUCGGCAGUUUUUUGUUAGAUUGCCAAAUCAAAAUGGAGGGACACACUUUAGGUCAUUUUGUAUUUCUUACCCUCAUGUUACAGCUCUAAAGGUAAAACUGUCCAAAAUGUUAAGACAGAUCAAAAACUUAAGACAUUUUUAAUGCAGGUUCAAGAACCUGAAUGUAUUUUAUAGCUGUUAGUGCUCCAACAAGGGGCAUUAAUCAUCUCCAAUCAACCCAUACUCACAUGAUUCCUCUUUCUAAUUAUCUACUUCAUGUUACAAUUCAAAUACUUGUUACACUUUUGGCGACAUCCAUCCGUCACCAGCUUUUGUAAGUGUUGUUUUUCCUCUUUUCUAAAAGAUAUAAGCUGUAUACAUAAUAAGUGUAGCUCCUUUAAAUCUGAUUAUGAGACAGAAUGCCACUCACAAGAUACGCACACUUAAGGUAGGUUCUCAUGGCUCUUUCUCCGGCUUAUAGGUUAUUUAGACCUUUUUUGAAAAGUGCGUUUCUUUCAUUGAAAAAGUCUGUGAUUAUAAGCAUUUUUUUUCUCUUUCGUACUGAUCUGUUUAUGCAAGUGUGUUGUUUUGGCCUUGUCCCUUCACGUCCUUUACCAACUCUUCUUGACUGUAAGUAAUUCAGGGCAUACUCUAUUAUAAAUCCUUUUAGUACGAAACACUCAGACCCUGUUGGCCUAAAAUGUGGCUGAACAAAGUUCCCUGUUUGUGAAAUGUGGUCCACACAAACACAAUUCUAAUGAUGAAUGAAUCCAUAACUUAGUUAGUUGUGAUCAAUUCAAGUGUUUCUAGAUCAUGAAUAACUGAGAAGGGGAUUGUUAUCCUUGAGUCAAAUGUGUAAAUAAUCAUUGUAGCUUUUGUGGACUUACACAUACAAAAUAUAAGUAUUUAAAUAGUAUUUGACCAAGGCGUUGAAGCUACAGUCUGCCAACUACUGCCUCAGUCACCUGUCGUUGAUCAGUCCUCUGAGGUCCUGGUUUGAGUGGACGUACACAAAGAAUGAAGGUACUAUGCAAUACCAGCCUCUUAUGGAUAAUGGUUUUCAGAAGGACUGUGUUUUAGGAUGUUAUGAUGGAGGCUCUGACACAAACAACAGCAGUGAAAGUACCAGAGGACCACGAUCAUUAAUCACGAGUAGUGUGAGAUGACGCACUUAAGUCUGUCGGAUUUACGUAACUCUAUAGAUCUACUAAUGUAACUACAAAGAGUUUAGUUGGAAUCAAAAGAUGUAUAUUUUUGUUUUAUUUCACAGUAUUUGUCUUCACAUUGAUGCAUCUAAGCACUUUUUCUUACUGUUGUACUGUAAAUAGUAAAAUUCUACGUGUGUCUUCUAUAUCAUGUCAUAUUAAUUAUACUGUAUGUGAAGGCCUUUAUUUGCCUUUUUCUGUAUAACUUAUCAGCAUGAUUUUCAGCUGAAAAUAAAAAAUGAAUGCCACAUA